CCGCCCCGGGACUGCAGCAGAAGCGACAGAAGCAACAGCGGAAGCAGCAGCAGAAGCAGAAGCAGCAGAAGCAGCAGAAGCAGCAAAAGCAGCAACACCGCAAUGGCCUCCCGCUCGAUUUUCAAGCCGUGCAUCGACCUGCACAACGGCGCCGUCAAGCAGAUCGUCGGCGCCUCUCUCUCCGAUGAUACGCCCUCGAUGCUCAAAACAAAUUUUGUCUCUGAGGAGCCUCCCGCUUUCUACGCCAAUCUGUAUCGCACACACGAUCUCCGGGGUGCGCACGUCAUUAUGCUGGGCCCAAACAACGAGCAGGCAGCCAAGGAGGCUCUUGCCGCAUGGCCAAAGGGACUGCAGGUCGGCGGCGGCAUCAGUAUCGACAAUGCCCAGCACUGGCUUGACUGCGGCGCUGACAAGGUCAUUGUCACGAGCUGGCUCUUCCCUGAAGGCAAGCUCUCGAUGCAGCGACUCAAGGAUCUGUCGGCUCUCAUCGGCAAGGACAACCUCGUCAUCGAUGUCAGCUGCCGAAAGAGGGGAAGCCAGUGGUUCGUUGCCAUGAACAAGUGGCAGACGAUUACCGACGUCGAGGUCUGCCGAGAAACACUUGUGGACCUCGCGCAGUACUGCAGCGAAUUCCUUGUUCAUGCGGCGGACGUGGAAGGUCUUUGCCAAGGCAUCGACGAGGAGCUAGUUCAAAAGCUCGGAGAAUGGUCAACGAUUCCCUGCACAUACGCCGGUGGUGGUAAAGAAAUCGAGGACCUGAAGCUGGUCCACGAGCUUUCGAAUGGCCGAGUCGAUCUAACCUUUGGAAGUGCCCUUGAUAUCUUUGGAGGAUCCGGCGUCAAGUUCAUGGACGCAGUGGCCUGGAACAAAGGCGCGCUUGUUCUCUAAACAUCUGCAAUCGACGCAGUGGCCAAGUGUAUCGCGUUCAUUCCCCGCCUGUGUGGCUCGAAUAUAAUCUCGAACAUGGCCCUCUCACGAAGGGUCCUUUGUAUUAUACCGAUAC